AUGAAUGCCCAACCCCGCUCGGGUCUGGCUCUGGCAGCUCGCUAUGCCGUUCCAUUUGGAUUGCUGUUGAUCCCUGUGUGGAUGACCCAAGUCAAUUCCGUCGUUCCCGAACCAUAUCUCGACGAAGCCUUCCAUAUCCCCCAAGCUCAGGCAUACUGGGCUCAUAAAUGGACACAAUGGCACCCAAAAAUCACUACUCCUCCCGGUUUAUAUAUCUUUUCCUACGCAGCGUGCGCCCUUAUCCUACUUCUCCGAGGCUCCCCAACUGAACUUGACCCUCCCGUACUACGCGCAUCCAACGCUGUAGCAGCUGCCGUCCUCCUCCCAUUGAGACUGCAGACUGCGCUCGAUACCCUGCGGAGACAACGGAAUACCCGUCCUUCCGGUGCCUGGCUGAGCCAUACCGUGCUGAACAUAUGCCUUUUCCCGCCCUUGUUUUUCUUCUCGGGCCUGUACUACACUGAUGUUUUGGCGCUCCUACUGGUCAUCGAAGCCUACAAUUGGGAUUUAAGACGCACGCGUUCAAGAACCGCACCACUUGAGACUGUCGCGUUCUUAGUCUUUGGUGUAGUAGCACUAGCUUUCAGGCAAACCAAUAUCUUCUGGGUGUCGGCUUUCUUCGGUGGAUUGCAGGUCGUACGGAAGUUCCGCAGGGCGACAACCACCUGCGAGUCUACUGAUGUGGCUGAUAUUGUGAGGGCCGGCUCUAAAAAUGAAUUAUAUGACCCUAUAGUGCUGGACGCUUCAUUUGCAGACUACUUCAAAACCGCAGCCUCACUAUGCUCUGUUGCAUUGAACAAUCUAGCUUCUGUUAUCGCCUCUCUUGUUCCAUACCUGCUCAUUUUGGCUGCAUUUGGAGGAUUUGUUCUGUGGAACGGCAGCGUUGUCCUUGGGCACAAAGAGUUCCACACGGCUAGUUUACACCUGGCUCAAAUGUUGUAUCUCUGGCCAUAUUUCCUCUUCUUCUCAUGGCCCCUCCUUCUGGCCCCGAUGGCCAAUGUCCUACUUCCAAAGUUUAUGCUUCCAAAGUUCCUCGAUCAAGGCUUCCCGGCCACGCGAAGGCAGCUCCCCAAAAUCCUGACUGCGUUGAUUGUUCUUCCAAUCAUGGCGGCCGUGGUGCAUUUCAACACCAUUGUUCAUCCCUUUACUCUUGCAGAUAACAGACACUACAUCUUCUACGUCUUCCGUAUUCUUCUACGCUCUCACCCUUACACGAGAUACGCUGCCAUUGUUAUCUACUUCCUUGGUGCAUGGAUGGUCAUCUCCGCCUUGGGCUAUUCGCCUGUCAGGGCUUCUGGCGUUGCUCCAGUUGUCAAGAACCAACCAUCUGCAGCACCAUCGCCGUCACCGUCCCAAAAGCCAGUCCAGAAGGGGCAGCAAAAGUCGGAGCGCAAGCAAAAGGGAUCUAAAAAGUCAGCACCAGCACCAGCAGCUACUCCCGAACCCAUCUCCCCCGAAGUUCUGGCUGAUCUUCAGCAACAUAUCAUGCGACGGCAACGACAAGAGCACGAGGCAUCCCGUGUGAGCUUCGUUCUCGUGUGGCUGGCAGCGACGGCUCUGUCACUCAUUACUGCGCCAUUAGUUGAACCACGAUACCUUAUUAUCCCUUGGGUGAUGUGGAGGCUUCACUUGCCGCAGUCCCCAACGCCGGUGAUUUACCGUCGCGCGAGUGAUGAGAAGGAUCUCGAGGCGAGAAUUGCGAUUAAUCUCCCAUUGUUCCUGGAAACAGCUUGGUUUUUGCUUGUCAACGUGAUUACAGGAGCGCUUUUCCUCCGUAACGGGUUUGAAUGGCCUCAGGAGCCUGGCAAGAUCCAGCGCUUCCUAUGGUGA